AUGGAUACGAAAGGCAACAAACGCGCAACUUCAGCAGGCUACCGAUUGCCAGACCGACCUAACGUCGCUUUGAUAUCACAGUCCUCCGUCUCUGUGUACAAACUUCCGCCGGACAGGACUCGAACCCCCGGCGGCGGAGAGAGUCCUUGGCAGACCCCCUUGUCUCGCGACCCAGUCAAACAGGAUCAAGUGUGGCGCGAGUUCGUGCGCGCAGAGAGGAAUGGAGUGAAAGAAUGGUAAUGGCUGCUUUUAGAAUGCACAGCAUGAAUUAUUUCCCUCCUUAUCAUUUUUUACCUGUCUAUCUUUAGUGCACAUUUCAUACAGGUAGCCCAAUCUGAAUCCGAAAUCUUCACUGUUGUUUAAUAGGAAUUUAAUUCCAAUUCAUGAUACAGCCUAUCUUUUCCAUUUAUUCUUGAAGAAUUAAACAUAUAAAUGCUGACAAUGUUAUUUGGUACCCAAUGAAAUGUAGGCCUAUCAUUAGGGAGGUAGGCCUUAGGCCCAUGACACAACUGCGUGUUAGGAGUAUAGACCAAUGACUGUAUAUGAAUGGACAACGCCAUCGAGAAGCCAAAUCUGCUAACCUUAAAUUAAGACCAAAAAGCACAUUUUUGUUUUCUUGAAUUUUUACGAUUCAGCCAAUUUUGACUUUGUGGUUGUGCUAUCUAGUGGAAACCCCCAAAUAAAGUAGGUUAAGAUGGUGUCUCAUGGAGACAUAACAUGGUCAUAUAACAUGUGCAGACUAUUCCAGGAAGUGAUGUUGCAGGCUAGCUCAGUGCUGCCCCCUCUCAUUGAGUAACUCAAUUUGAAGGCUGACCUGGAUACUGCAGGCUGCCAUUGGCAACUAUAUAAAUUAUCCUUAUAACUUCUUCUGGGUGCGAUUUUAAAAUAAUCGGUUCAAGGACAUACAUCUGGUGUAUUAGAAGGAAUUAUUGGUACUAUGAUUGUCUUCGGAAUUUUUAUUUAUUUACACGAAGAUUGACAUUAUUCCAUCCACUAUAAUGGUGGAUCCUGUUUUCUGCUAACAAUGCCUGCAGUACCGCGGUCGGCCUUGAGCUUCCGUGGUUUCAAUGAAAGGGGGCAGUCGUUCUCCCCUGGUAUAGGCAACCAAAUAGGCCUACAAUCAUAAUUGUGUUUUGAUCAACAGGCAGAAGAAUUGGAGUUUUCUCAAGAACUAUGAUCAGCUGGUAAAUAAUUUGCCAAUUUAUUAUCUCGUUAAAUAGUCCACUGUUUUCUUUUAACACAAUCUCUUGUUGAUAUCAAUGCUGCAUGAUCCUGAUCUGAAGUUGGUAUGACCCUAAACGUUGUGCCCACUUGUCCACACAGGGUAACCACAGAGCAGAGAGACCUUUACCAAACUAUGUGCCAGUGUUUUCUGACCAUCUCCCCAACACCACCAACCAGAUGUUUGGGAGUCGUGUGUGCACACCACUGGGUAGGGAGCUGAUGAGAAUGGAUAAGCUGUUAAUUGGAAGCUAUAGCAAGUGCAAGCAGGGUCCAGAUAUGCAGCCUUGCUAG